AUGUUCGGCUACGGUUUCCUGUUGGAUUUCGGAUCGUUGUUGGUUUGUGGAGAGGAAAACGCCGCACAACAGAGUUCCGACUGUGGGGAUUAUCCUCAAUCCGCCACAGACGCCGUCGGACGCCCAGUUGUUGCACCUGGCUGCGCAUCCCUUCGGUGGGCAUGCCACCGGAGAAUUUCCAUUUCUUCGGGAUUUUUCUGA